ACUAAACGGUUUAUUUUGAAUGUGAUUUUUUUUUUUUGGAAAGUUCAACUCGGCACGCGACUACUAAACAAGUGACAGUUAAAUAUACGCUUAAGCGUUUAAUGUGUAGAGGAUUGUUUUUGCUUUUGACAAUCUGCAAUUCAAAACUAAAUACAAAUUUAUUGAUAAUCAAAGACUUUAAAAGCAAAAAAUAUAUAAACAACUAAAGAAUUUAACAAGAAGAAAUCUCUUGUGGAUGUAAACAAAGAAAUUAUUAAAGUGUUUUUUUAAAAAAAAUAAUAAAGAAAUAAAUAACAAGGAAAGAAUUGCUAAAAGAAAUAUUUUUAAUAUUCCUUGAAAUCUAUACAAAUUAUAAAGUGAUAAAAUUAACAUUUUAAAUAGAGUAAAAAACGUAACGAGAAUGUUCCUUGAAGUUAAAUAAGACGAAUGUUUUACAAAAGAAAUAAUUUAAUAAAAAUUGAGAAAAAAAAAACAAAACAACAAUUGGCAAUAAUAAUAACACUACUUCAUAUAAAAAAUCAACAGUUCAGUGGCUAUUUAGUUCCCUCCCUUCAAAAAACCAAAUCAUCAUCACCAGGCCAUCAUUAUUAUCAUCAUUAUUACUAUAAAACAGUCAUCGACAGGCAAAUAACAACAACGUUCAUCUAUCGUUUCAUAAUACUGUUUAUUAUCAAUUGUAACUAAAACUACAACAACAACAAAAGCAACAAAUAAUGAUUGUAGACAAGAAGGGCCAGCAGGCAGCACUGGCAGAAGAUUUCAAUCAAAUCAAUUUAAAUAACAUAAAUUUAAAUAUUACAACAACAACGACUUCCACAAAUACCGAAGCAAUUGAAGAUUUAGCUACAACAACAACAACUUCCACAACAACAGUGCAACAUUCACAAUACAAAAAUCAAACCAAGUCCAUGGCUCAAUCACCUCUCAAUAAAAGGCGUUACACUGCCUUAACUCACUCUUUAAUAAUGAAUCAAACACAACAACAACAACAACAUUCCCAUCAGACUACACAAAACCAUAUCAGUGAGGAAUUGAUCGAUUUAGAACUAUUGGAAACUAAACCGAUUUUAAGAAAAUCUUUAUCAACACCCGCCUUUAAUGCUUUAGAACCACAACAUCCGCUUAAAAGUGAAGUUACUAUAAUAACCAAUCAUAAUCAUCAUCAGCAGCAGCAGCAGCCGCCGCAAAAACAACAACAUCAUCACCAGCAGUCGCAGCAGCUACAACAACCACACAAACAUCAUCAUCAUCAUAAUCAACAUCAUUGUCAAGUGCAUACAAAAAACAUGAUUAAUUUAAAUAAUCACAAAUCAACGAUUUUAAAUAAUAAUUGCAACAACUUAUCAGCCACAAAAACUACAACAACAACAUCGAAUAAUAACAUUAAUAAUACCACCACAACAAUAGCUAAUAAUAAUUCUAAUUCUUCCUCAUCAUCGCCAGAUACCACAACAACAACAACAACAUCAUUAAAUCAACGUUUAGGUUGUGCUCAUUAUAAGCGACGCGCUAUGUUUGUGACGCCCUGCUGUAAUAAGUUCUACAAAUGUCGAUUUUGCCACGAUGAAAAUGAAACGCAUCAUUUCGAUCGCAAAACUCUAACGGAACUGAUCUGUUCAGAAUGUAAUACUAGGCAAAAGGUGCAAGAACGUUGUCAAAAUUGUGGCAUACGUUUUGGAAAGUACACCUGCUUGAUCUGCAAUCUUUUUGAUGAUUCCAAUAAACGUCAAUAUCACUGCGAUCAGUGUGGCAUUUGUCGCAUUGGUGGUAGAGAGAAUUUCUUUCACUGUAAAGUCUGCAAUAUGUGUUUACCCAUACAAUUGAAAAUUGAUGGCCACAGGUGCGUAGAAAAUAUAUCACGUUCUCACUGCCCAGUGUGCUUGGGCGAUAUACAUACCUCACGCAUUCCAUGUCACAUUCCUGACUGCGGUCAUCUACUGCAUAAAAUGUGUUUUGAUCAGCUAUUAACCUCUGGCCAUUAUACCUGUCCCACAUGUCAGACAUCACUAAUAGAUAUGACAGCUUUAUGGGAAUAUUUGGAUGCACAGGCUGAAUUAAUGCCCAUACCUAAGAAAUAUGAAAAUCAAAGAAUACAUAUAUUUUGUAAUGAUUGUCAUAAGACUUCCAAAACAAAAUUCCAUUUUAUUGGUUUAAAAUGUGUUAACUGUGGCGCUUACAAUACUACACAGGAUGUUAAGAGACGCAUGUCUCUGGUAACAGGUAAUUUAAACAAUUUUACAAAUAAUACAUUUUUUUUAUUAGACUUCAGUAAUUAAUUAACAAAAUUAUAUUUACUUUAUAAUGUUAAUAAUUUCAGAUGAAUCCACGUCUGCAUGACAUUUGGUGUUUUCAAAAGCUUCUGUACUAAAGACGUCUACAAUGCAUAAAUUGAAAAAUUUAAUAUUUAGUUUAUUCGAAAAUAUAUUCUAAAUUUGUUUUUUUUUUUCUACACAGAUUACUUGCCACUUCUUUUUACAAGAAUUUAAAGAAAUUGUUUUACUAUGAAGAAUAUAGUUUUAGGUUUAAAAAGCUGUAGAUGGAGAAAAAUACCAACCACCUUGAACUAAAUUUUUUUUAAGAAAUUAAGUAAAGAAAAUUUUAAAACUAAAAUGUUCCUUUUUCUUUGCGUAUAUAAGGAAAACUUUGACAAAAUUUAUUGCAUUUAUAUUUUAGAAAAAAUAAAUCUAAAAGCUGAUUUCGAGCUGGUAUCGAAUAGAAAUGUAUUUUCUAGUUAAAUUGUAGGGAAAUAAAUUUGAAUACUAAUUUGUUAAAGCCCUUUUAAAAGAAUUUAAUUAAUAUUUGAAAAACUACAGCCCUAAUCUGUAGAAUGGGUAUUAAAAAUUAUAAUAAAUUAUAUUCGAAAGCAUUUAGAAUGAAAUACUGCAAUAACAACUUUAUUUUAGAACUUUAACAGAAUAGGGCUGUUUAUUAAUUAUACUAAAUUUGUAUCUCAAGUACAUAUUAUGUUAUUGUGGCAAAAUUUUUAUAAUUAUUUUUUUUUUUCAAACCCAAAUGAUUGUGUUAAAAUAAAAGUAUUGUAUUGAGUGCCUAAAGACUAGUUUUAAUUAAACAAUAAAUUAUACAUAUUUUUUUUUCCAAAAGCAAACAAAUUAAGCCAAUAAUAAUAUUCAUUAAUGAUUAUUUAAUUAAACGUAAGUAUACAAAAACAAAACCUGCUAAAAAGCUAAUAAAUUCUCUAUAAAAAAAGGUGUAUAAAAAAAAGCUGUAAUAACUAUAAUAUCUAUAAUUUAAAUGACACC